GUGCCGGCGGGUGGUGCCGAGCGUAGAUCUCACCGGCGCGCUUUACGAGAGCCUCGCGUAGCUUCAUCGCCGUCGCCCACGCCAUACCCUCGUACCCCUUCGGCAGUUUCUGGCCCACGCUGGUACGCCGGCGGAUGCUGAACCCAUUCCGCUUGCGGAACCGUUGGUACCAGGAGUUGAAUUUGACCUUGAAAGCCAGCGCCUCCUCCGGUUUCGCGUUCGCCGGCAUCCCGCCAAGGGGCGUCAGGCUUCAGCUCGAGCAGCUUGUUCAUCACCUCCCGAUUACCACAACCGCGGUGCUGCUUGCGCUGCUCGUUGAUGUAGUCCUCAAGGGCUUGUUCGGCGUCGACUGUCGAAGCUUUCCGUCCGCUGUGAACCUGCUUGGCCUUCGAAAGCUUGGGAUUGGCGCUGACCCUGUCCCUGAGCUGCUCCUCCUGCUUCAGCCACUCGAUGAUACGCUUCCGAGGCACCUGGAGAACUUUCGUCGUGCCGUUGUUUCCCACCGGUUGACCGUCGCACGGGCAGAUCUCCCGUGUGUAGGCCGCCGCGUUCAGGUUGAACCGGAUGGGGUAGCUCCCUUUCCCUCCCACUGCUCCUGACCGCUCGAUCGGGAAGUUGGGCUCCGGGUACGCGCGUUUGCCGUUGCUGUUUUUGACGGGGUCGUUGGCGGCUAGCAUCUCAUCGAUAGCCUCGCCGGUUGCCUUCGGGUCCGCAGCGGCAGCUCCCUGACCCGCAGAGGAAGGACCUCCAGCACUAGCCUGUGAGACCUGUGAAGUCUGUGAGGCAUCGGCAGGUCCCGCGCUUGCACCCUCCAACAUCGUGGCCGCGCGUUGCGUGUGGUCGGGCCCGCAGCUCCGUCCCGGGCAUUUUCCCGAUUUUCCGCCGGUAUUGAUCCGCCACGGAACUGUUGUGGUGGCAAUUCCCCGAGACUCGUUUUUGUGUGCAGCUACUAGCUUGUCUGUUGGUCGUGUUGUGAUCGUGUUGCAGCAAUACCAUACACGCGAAGUGCUGCUAUCCCCUGUGGUUUUCAAUGUUAGGAUCGCACAUAUCGGGAUCUUGGCACAGGGGUGUGCGUUCGAAAGUCGCCGUACCAGCCGCUUUGGAUUUAAACAGCACCGCACAUAUCUGGGUCUUGGCACAGGGAGGGGUGUGCGUUGUUUCUUAGAACAAAAUAUUUUACUACAUUUCCGCAUAGGUAUCGCGAACUUGGCACAAACGGUCACUCCGGUGGUCUAGUGGGUAACCUCGCAGCCUGCUAAAGGCCUGAUCAUGGGAUUAAGUCCCGACAGAGUAAUUUUUUUUCUCACAUAAAUCCUGGUCUAGGAUGAAAACGACGCGCUGCAAAACUCGUUGUUAUUCAUAUAUAUAUAUAUAUAUUAUAUAUAGGUGGAACCAGCCGGCGCUUGUGUCUUUUCAUUUUUAAACCUUAGGGUGGACCGUUCGUCGAUUGCAGCGAAAACCUGUGUUGGACUGAUCCCGAAUACCUUGCGCUCCUACAAUUGUAACUACAUUUGGAAACACGCGGAGAGCAAUGACGUCCGCCUCACUUUGGACUCGUCUCGGGUCCUCCGCCUUCGCUCUCUCACUCUUUUCUUUUUUUUUUCACGCAUGUAGUCUUGUCGAGGUCUCUCACAAAACCUUACACGGGCUUCUUUCUUCCCGUCUUUUUGGAAGGUUUUGAAGCCCCCAAUUUUGCCUCACCUUGGACUCGUGUCGGGUCCUCCGCCUUCGCUCUCUCACUCUUUUUCUUUUCUUUUUUUCACGCAUGUAGUCUUGUCGAUGUUUCUCACAAAACGUUCCACGGGCGUUUUUCUUCCCGUCUUUUUGGAAGGCUUUGAAGCCCCCAUGUUUUUUGUUUUCUUUCUCUCGCCUUGAAUACGGGCACACCUACCAAUCAACAUUAUUCUCACACAAAAACUGUCGGCCAAUGAACGGUUGACCGGCGGACCACACGCGCGACAGCCGCGGUACCGCAGGCGACAAGUUGUGGCAAGUUCCGCCAUCAUCUCUGUCGCGGUUGCGCGAAAUUUGCCAGAUACUGUUCUGAACCGACAGUGUUGUUUUACAGCCCCAAGAGCUGUCAGCAAACCCAUCGUCUCAACUUGAUCGCUACAAGCUGUUCACCAUAUGCACAAAUCGUCGGAAUUUGACGGCUCCAAAGCUGUCAGCACACCGUUCAAACCUGAUUCAUUCUCGUUCCCCGUCCCCUCUCUCUCUUGUUUCUCCCGUUUUUCCUCCGGCGACGCACGGCACCCCGACCAAUCGCAAUCACCGCCCGUGGUAAUAAAUACAGCCGACAGCGAGCCCCCAUGCCCGGGAAGGAGGAGGAGAGGACUCCGACACCACGCCGACAUUCUCGAGCAACAACGCCACCAACCGCCCUUCUUUCUUCAACGUCAACUCCA